CUUUGCACAAUUCGUGAGCUGCGUCUUCCUCUCAGUCUCAUUCUCUUCUCUUUGCUUCUCUCUCUAAAGAGCUCGGGAAGAGUUUGAGUCUUGGUCAGAAAUGGAGCAGCAAAGGCACCAAAAGGAGGCCCAACGGGAGGAAGCAGCUGAAGAGUUACAACAUGGCCCUUUAUCCGUUGAAGAGCUUCAGGCAUCGGGCAUAUCUGCUACCGACGUCAAGAAACUUAAAGAUGCCGGUCUUUGUACGGUUGAAUCUGUGGCUUUCUCUCCUAGAAAGGACCUUCUGCAGAUUAAAGGAAUCAGUGACGCUAAAGUUGAUAAGAUCAUUGAAGCAGCUUCUAAAUUGGUGCCGUUGGGUUUCACUAGUGCUGCCCAACUUCAUUCCCAGAGGCUUGCAAUUAUUCAAAUAACAUCAGGAUCAGAAGAGCUAGACAAGAUACUGGAAGGAGGGAUAGAGACAGGAUCUAUAACUGAGCUAUAUGGUGAAUUUCGAUCAGGGAAGACUCAGUUGUGUCAUACUCUGUGUGUCACUUGCCAAUUGCCACUUGAUCAAGGAGGUGCUGAGGGCAAAGCAAUGUACAUUGAUGCAGAGGGUACAUUUAGACCACAGCGACUCUUACAAAUAGCAGACAGGUUUGGACUAAAUGGAGCUGAUGUAUUGGAAAAUGUUGCCUAUGCUAGAGCAUAUAACACUGAUCAUCAAUCACGACUUCUGCUUGAAGCUGCUUCAAUGAUGGUGGAAACAAGGUUUGCUCUGGUAAUAGUUGACAGUGCUACUGCUCUCUAUAGGACAGAUUUUAGCGGAAGAGGGGAACUUUCUGCCCGGCAAAUGCAUCUGGCGAAGUUCCUUCGGAGCCUUCAGAAG